AUGGUCCGAAUCUCACCUAUUUUGCGCAAACGAUUGUUAUUUGCGGCCAAGGUUACAGCGGGGGUAUCUGCCGCUGGUGCUGGAACUUUUCACCUUGUUACACAGAAAUGCUACUUUGAACCAUUUGGUCCAGGAAAUGGAAAAUCGCUAUUUGAACAUCCUUUGCUGAAGCAAAUCAAUCCCUGGAACAAACCGGUCUCGCACGACUCUUGUGUCAGAGAAGUUCCGUUUGAGAAGCUUGACCCCACGCUUAUCGAGGAUGCAAAAAAUGGUGGAACACAGCUGAUCGAGAGGUUUAUCGCUGGAAUGUGGGGAGGGUUUGGCUACGCCGUACAACGAAAGAUCAUGACAUUCACCAAAGAUGACGUUAAUAAGAGUGACGUCUGGGACAAGAAAGAUCUUUUGCAAUGUACCUACGAGCCAGGCACAUUCUUUACCAAUCACUUUCUUGUCCUUUCCAAGACACCAACAUGCAUUACGAUGCGCGGAUGUUUUAAUCCCCACCAGUCACCACCAGUACCAACGGACAUAGACAAUAUUGUCGAGUUGUACGCUGAGUUAGAUGAGGUCAGAAAGGUGGCGGUCCUCAAACUGAGGGUCAUAACAUUUGAUGGAAGACAGGAGGCGAGUGACAAGGAGGAUCCUUUUGGCGGUGUGGGUGGAUGGCUACAUAAACGGUAUUCUACUUUGCUGGUUGAGUCCGGUGCUAGAAAUUGUUUAGCAUAA